AUGCUUGGUAAAAAUGUUAUCGUUUUGAGUUUGGCGCUUGCCAUAGCUGAAACGAUGGACAGUGUGGAAGGCUUGCAGACAUCGGAUUCUUCGUCGAGGCGUGACUUUCUGAACAAAGCAGGGGCUGCUGUUUUUACAGGUGCAAGUUCUCCACUCUGGAUCCCUGGAGCAGCAAAUGCGGAAUCCAGUGCUGCUUCGACAUCCCCAAUCAAACUUCCUCCGAUCGGACUGGGAUGCUGGUCAUGGGGUGAUUCGUUGUUUUGGGGAUACAAUCCAAAGCAAGAUUCUGAUCUGGAAGAAGUUUUCAACUUUGCGGUGUCCAAGAGUUCGCCAGUAUUGAUUGAUACAGCUGAACUGUACGGUCUUGGCCGCUCAGAGUCGUUGAUCGGCGACUUUGCAAAGAACACAAAACCAGAAGACACCAUCUUAGCUACCAAAUUCGCAGCGCUCCCAUUCCGCACAAAGCCAGAAGCUGUAGUGAAAGCAUGCGAAGCCUCGAUGAAGCGGUUGGGUCGUCAAAUUGAUUUGUACCAGAUCCACUUUCCAAAUGCCUUUGCAAAUGAAGCCUACUGGGACGGCCUGGCUAUGGCUUAUGAGAAAGGAUUCGUCAAGGCGGUCGGAGUUAGCAACUAUGGAGUUGAUGCCACACGGGCCUGCCAUGCAGCCCUAGCGAAGCGAGGAAUUCCUCUGGCCACCAACCAAAUACAAUAUUCUUUGCUCUACAGAUAUCCUGAAGAAAAUGGUCUCUUACAAGCCUGUCAAGACCUCGGUAUCCAAGUUCUUUCCUACUCCCCACUUGCCCUCGGUUUAUUGACCGGAAAGUACACUAGCGAAAAUGUGGACAAAAUACAGGGUCCCCGAAAGGGCUUGUUCAAAAAGACAGUUGGGACGCCCGAAUUUGAAAAUCUGAUUGCUAGCAUGAAAGCGGUCGCCAAGGAGCACUCGGAUGCGAAUCUCCCACAAGUGGCAAUCAACUACGCGCGGGCUCAUCAUACGGUUCCAAUUCCAGGUGCCAGAAAUCUGCGACAAGUCACUUCCAACUAUGGAUCACUCGACUGGCGAAUGAGUUCCGAAGAGAUAAAGUUCUUGAACAAGGCUGCCUCCAAGUUAUCCUACAUUGAUCCAAAUGCAUCUCCAUUUCCAAAGAAGGACAAAGAUACUGGUUUGAAAAUGUUUGAUUCCUAA